CGCCUUCACCUCAAGACGACGGCGUAACAUCCGUCCUGCUUCCCCGCGCCAGACAGAACCUCCAUCAGAACCUCCAUCCGACCCCAACCGAUGAUCUCAGAACCUGGAAAUAUCAACAAGAGAAAGAAGCCAAAACUACACACACCGCUACACUGCCCCAAAACACAACCAGGACCAAUGGGGCCCAAACCGACACACACACACCAACCCCUCUGAACACACUGAUGAUGAGCAUUAGUUUGAGCGGCGCAUAUGUGGGUGUGAUUGACAGCAGUAAGAUCCUCCUCCUAGCUCUGAUUGGUAGUUUCUGACCUAGCAAUGUAUUUGUGUAAAUGAUAGCUGGAUCAUUUUCAGAUGAUCUGCUGCCACCUGGUUGCAGUUUCAGCAAAUAUAGAAAAAACGGUUUUAUGACGGUUCGGUACUGCAGCUUUAAGGCAGAACUAAACGAUCGGGCGAUCAUAGAUGGAGCAGCUGGAAAUCCCACCCUGCACCUGAAUGCACCGCCCUCCCCGGCCGGCUCUCUCUCUCCUCCCUCCGCUCUUUAUUCUCCUUGGUACCGACCUGACCCAGACCAGACCGAUCCCAGCUGUGGACCGGACCAGAUGCUGGCCAGUAUUCCUGGUGCUGCUGCUGCUGAUGAUGAUGAUGAUGGGAGUCCUGAUCUUCUGCUGUGUCUCCCAGUUUCAUUUAGGAAAAGCUCCAGAACCUCCAGAACCUUCAGCCUGAGCUUUCAGGCUUCCAGCUGCAGCAGCCUGACAGGACGGACUGAGGGCACACAGCUCGCCACAGACCGGUUCUGGACCAAAAACUCUCCUCGUGUCUUUGCAUCUGCAGGUCAGCUGGGGGGCGUGUCCACAUGUUGCCAUGGAGACAACAUACAGGUGUGCUCCUUUCUUCCUGUUGCCUCCUCCCCUUCCUCCUCCUCCCCCCAGAGAGCCAAAAGUUCGAGCUCCGGACGCUCCUGAUGCUCCGGACGCUCGCCUUGAAUUCCCGGGGCUCAUCUUCAUCGUGGCCUCGUUGUCAUCGCUGGUGCUCC